GAUUCAGAGAAUCGAUGAGCCUUUUGAAAACUGCUAGGAGAGGUCUGGCUCGUGCCUUGCCAACAGUAAGGAAUAUUACCACACUUGAAUCAACUUCGACUGGUUCGUGCCCGAAUCUACGUGAUGAGUUCAGGCUGCCAAGGAACUUUGAUUACCGAGUAUGGUUUCCUAUGCAUAUGUCGGUACAAAUGAAGAAAAUGGAGGGAAAGCUGAGGUCCGUGGAUCUAAUUGUUGAAGUCCAUGAUGCAAGAAUUCCCGUUAGUGGACGAAAUUCCACAUUUAUGAAGCAAUUCUGCUCGAUUCGUCCGCAUGUGUUGGUCAUGAAUAAAAUGGAUCUUAUCAAUCUGAAGAAGUACAGACAACCAAUAGAAGAUUAUUAUCGCCAUGAACAUGGUGUCACGAAUAUAAUUUGGACCGACUGCAAGAGAAGAUAUAGUCGUGCAUUAUCAGGCAUGCAAAAUAUGAUACUCGACAUUCUAACUCAUGAACCCCGGUUCAAUCGCAGUGUGAAGACUGAAUUUCAGAUUAUGGUAGUCGGAAUACCAAAUGUAGGAAAAUCGUCACUGAUCAACACUUGGCGUUCCAUUAACAUGGGAACCAAGCAGAGCGCUGUUAUUGAAGGCGCUAGACCUGGUGUAACAGUGCGCGUCCAAAAUCGAGUACGGGUAUUGGAUAAACCACCUAUGUAUGUGCUGGAUACACCGGGAGUUCUAUCGCCAUCUACAAGGAAUGUUAAUGAAGUGAUGAAGCUAGCUUUAUGUGACUUAAUCCUUGAAAGCGCAACAAACCCUAGAUAUGUAGCCGAUUAUCUGCUGUACUGGUUGAAUAGAAGUGGUGAUUAUUCUUACUUGAAACUUUUGGAAAUUCCUGGUAAUCCUACUGAUGAUAUUGACAAAUUACUUAUUAGAAUUUGUACAGAGAAGGACUUUCGAGUGCGAUGCUUGACGGGUUUGACCUAUGAAGAUCGCUGGGAUUUUGACCGAGCUAUCGCAUUGUUUAUAAAAUUGUUCCGCAAAGGUAUUAUCAAAGAUUGUUGCCUUGAUAGAGAUCUCCUUCGGCCUUAUAUGGAUUAGUUAAAUAGGUAUUCAGUUCUACGCUUUUAGACAAUUUAUAAGUGAAUGACUUGCCGAUAAAACUUGCCG